CCCGUGCUUUUUUGGAUCCUGCCAGCAGAGCGCGUGCCUGCGCCUCGCACAGAAAAUGGGGAUGCCUCUCAGCGCAGCGCAAACCCACUCCCCGUUUUCCGUGAAACUGUGAGAAGCAAAAGCUCUGUUGUUGUUUUAUUUUGACAUUGUCAGGAAGCCGAUGCACCGCGAGCUCCCUCCACCUCUCACAGGACUUUCACGGGAUGCGUUCGAACAACCCUCACAUCGGGCACAAAGUGGCCGGCUGCUUGGUGUUCCUCUCCCUGUUCCAUAUCAACCUUUCUGCUGGCAGCUCAGGAAAAGGCUCACAGAGCCACAAUGAUUUGCAUGUCAUCCACAACAAUCAACUGGACCUGCGGGAGAUAGUGUUCGUCCUCCAGAGUCAAAGCAACUCCUUCCAUGUGAUGCAGGCAGAAAGACGGAGAGCAGACUUACUGAAGCAGGCACACAGUCUCACAGAGAAAACACCGGUGGUUUUGCUUCACAGUUUAUCAGAUAACGAAGGACAUUGGAGUAUCCUUCCUCUGCUGCCAUACUUAUCCCACUCCUUUGGGAAAAACUCAUCAUGGAUUGUCUUUCUCGAGGAGGAAACGCAUGUGAAGAUGACGAAGCUGGUUCAAGUCCUUGCACAAUUUAACAAGAAUGAAGAGUGGUUUCUCGGUAAGCCCCUCCAAGACGAGGAGUCGACCAUCAUUCAUCAUUAUGCUUUUGCAGAGAAUCCCACCAUCUUUAAAUAUCCAGACUUCGCUGCUGCUUGGGCCGUAAGCACCCCCCUAGUUGUGCGGCUUGCAAACAAAGUGAGAGAUGAGCCGCUUAAAUCUGACUUCACCAUUGACCUGAAACAUGAGGUUGCCUUGUAUAUCUGGGACAAUGGGAACGGUCCUCAUCUCACGGCCGUUCCUGAGCUGUGCACUGAGCCGGAGGACUCCCCUCAGACCCGCCGCUGUGCCACCGCUCUGAGCACCGAGACCCCUCUGUGUGGGGAGCCUGUAUAUACAGAAGAUAUAUUUGUUGCUGUGAAAACGUGUAGGAAGUUUCACAGUGAAAGAGUUCCAGUGAUAAAGAAGACUUGGGAAAAGGAUGCCAUCUUUUUAGAGUACUACAGUGACUACGCUGAUCCUUCAAUACCAACUAUUAAUUUAGGAGUCCCAAAUACUGAAAGAGGCCACUGCGGGAAAACUUUUGCAAUCCUUCAAAGAUUUCUCAGCGGCGCUGUCCCGGACACCAAGUGGCUCCUCGUGGUUGACGAUGACACACUUAUCAGCCUCUCCCGACUGCAAGUCUUGCUGAGCUGUUACAACCCCUCUGAGCCGGUGUGUCUCGGGGAGCGAUACGGCUACGGCCUGAGCCAAGGCGGCUACAGCUACAUCACAGGAGGUGGAGGGAUGGUGUUCAGCAGGGAGGCUGUGGUCCGACUUCUCGCCAGCGGCUGCAAGUGCUACAGCAAUGACGCACCGGAUGACAUGGUGCUGGGAAUGUGCCUCAAUGCCCUCGGACUUCCUGUCACACACAGCCCACUCUUCCACCAGGCACGCCCAGAGGACUAUGCCAGAGACUUCUUGGCACACCAGGUGCCCAUCUCCUUCCAUAAACACUGGAACAUCGACCCCAUUGCUGUUUACAACAAAUGGCUGAAGGAUGACUUGAGGCCGAGAGCUUCAGAGGGACUUCAUGAGAACGCUAAGACGGAGUUCUAAUCAUUUUAAGCACACUUAAACUGAAGUCAGCUGGAUCGUGUGUGUGUGUGUGUGUGUGUGUGUGUGCGUGGGCAUUGAAACCGUGUCCUUCACAGUUAUAAAUGUUUUUGUGUUGUUGAUGUUGAACUGUGAUGUGAUCUGUGAGUGUCUUCAUGGCUGAGAUGCAUGUUGAGGUUGAUGUUAUUUUGGAAAUAUGGAUAUAUGUGCAUAUUUAUAUAUUGUGAAUAUUCUGAACCUUACAACGGGGAAUCUCCUUCUCUGGGAGAUACUAUAUCUUUUUAAAAAAGGGUUACUCAUGCUGUAUGAUGUGCUCUAUUUUGGCAUAAAAGUAUAGAGUUGAGAUUGUUUUGUUUUUCUAUUUCAUUGGAGGCUUAUGAUAAGAUGUAUUUUAAAUCGGUAAUGUAUUAAUUAAAAGGUUUAUUGAGGCUACGCCAUAAGAUGGUGAAACCCAGACUGUUUAGUGCAUCUAAAAGGCAUUAAAGCUCUCAAGUGUG